CAGUUCAUGUCCAAAGAUAAUUAUCGUUUCAUCUCCUUGCCCAUCAAGCAAGACUGACACACCAGUUAAUCAGAAUGUAUGUGAUGAGACUCAGGGAAUAAAUGGAAAAGCACUAAUUAAAGUGUCCCCAUAUUCAGCUGCAAGUCCAAAGCCACAAGUGCCUCCAAAACCAUUACAUCUGCAGAAUUCACCUUCAUCCAGUAAAUACCAGAUAUCCAAGUAUAAAGCUUUACCUAAUAUAAAACCGAGAAUGGAGGAAGUUAAUUCUGUCCCUGCUUCUUUUCUCUCAAAAGAAAAACCCAGUAAGGUGUCAGAUCUCAUCAAUCACUUUGAAGGAGGCAGCUCAUCAUCCAAUUCUACUGAUUUCAAGAAAGAACCUUCUGUUAGUCAAACUGUUUCUAGAGCUCAAGGAAGACAUGGAUUGAUAACGGUCCUUCAGCCAAAACUCCUAUCUCAACAUCCUCAACAGGAAAUCAAUACAGAUCAAACUCAGGAUACACAGAAAUAUACAGCCAAUGGUAUGAUUGGAACACAAAAAGAGAUGGAAUGUGAAGACAAUAAAUUCCACUCUGAUGGUUCUAAUCAAAUUUUGAAACCAGCCAUUUAUAAUAGCUUAGCAAAUGGAGAAAAGGACAGAAUUGCUACCAGUUCUUCUUUACCCACAACAAAUAUUUGCAGAGGAAGUGCUGGAAAUAGUUGUUACAGGACUUCAAAUAGAAACCCCUUGCUUUUGUUGGAAAAGGAACACAAAGAAAUGAAAGCCAUUCUGGAAGAGAAAAAAGAUGAAGAAAGCUCACUUGAACUUGAGAAGCAGAAUCUAUCCACAGAAAUUAAGGAGACAGAUGAACAGAAACGUCACAAGAUUGCCACUGAACUCUUGCUUACAGAAAGAGCCUAUGUUAAUCGACUUGACCUUUUAGACAAGAUAUUUUAUUGCAAACUGUUGGAAGAAGCUAAUCGAGGCUCGUUUCCAACAGAGAUGGUGAACAAGAUAUUUUCUAAUAUUUCUUCAAUAAAUGCAUUCCACAGUAAAUUCCUUUUGCCAGAACUGGAAAAACGAAUGCAGGAAUGGGAAACCACUCCUAGAAUUGGUGACAUUCUACAGAAGUUGGCUCCUUUUCUAAAAAUGUAUGGAGAGUAUGUGAAAGGCUUUGAUAAUGCAAUGGAAUUAGUUAAAACCAUGACUGACCGGAUAGCUCAAUUUAAAUCAGUGAUUGAAGAAAUUCAGAAACAAAAGAUCUGUGGGAGUUUAACACUGCAGCAUCACAUGCUAGAACCUGUGCAGCGAAUUCCUAGAUAUGAGUUGCUCCUUAAAGAUUACCUAAAGAAAUUGCCCCCUGAUUCCCUAGACUGGAAUGAUGCUAAAAAAUCACUUGAAAUUAUCUCUACUGCAGCAAGCCAUUCCAAUAGUGCAAUACGGAAAAUGGAUAAUCUUAAAAAGCUAUUAGAGGUUUAUGAGAUGUUGGGAGAAGAGGAAGACAUUGUUAAUCCCUCAAAUGAGCUUAUACGGGAAGGACAGAUCCUUAAACUUGCUGCUAGAAACACUUCAGCUCAGGAACGUUAUCUUUUCUUAUUCAACAACAUGUUGCUAUAUUGUGUACCAAAAUUCAGCUUGGUGGGAUCUAAAUUCUCCGUUCGAACUAGAGUUGGUAUUGAUGGGAUGAAAAUUGUAGAAACCCACAAUGAAGAAUAUCCACAUACAUUUCAGAUUUCUGGAAAAGAACGCACACUAGAACUACAGGCCAGUUCUGAGCAAGACAAAGAAGAAUGGAUCAAGGCACUUCAAAAUACUAUUGAAGCUUUCCAUCAAAGGCAUGAAACCUUCAGAAAUGCUAUAGCAAAAGAUAAUGACAUGCAUUUGGAGGUUUCUACCGCUGAGCUUGGGAAAAGGGCCCCCAGAUGGAUUCGGGACAAUGAAGUAACAAUGUGUAUGAAAUGCAAAGAAUCUUUUAAUGCACUGACAAGGAGAAGGCAUCAUUGCCGAGCAUGUGGACAUGUGGUUUGUUGGAAAUGUUCUGACUAUAAAGCUCAACUUGAAUAUGAUGGUGGUAAAUGGAACAAAGUUUGUAAAGACUGCUAUCAAAUAAUAACUGGAUGCACAGACAGUGAAGAAAAGAAAAGGAAAGGAAUCUUAGAGAUUGAAUCAGCAGAGGUAUCUGGAAACAGUGUCAUUUGCAGUUUUCUUCAGUAUAUGGAAAAGUCUAAGCCCUGGCAAAAAGCUUGGUGUGUGAUCCCUAAACAAGAAGCUCUUGUACUCUACAUGUAUGGUGCUCCACAGGAUGUCAAAGCUCAAGCAACCAUCCCACUUCUGGGCUACACAGUAGAUGAUACACCAAGGAAUGCUGAUCUCCCUCAUAGUUUCAAACUGACUCAAUCAAAGUCUGUGCAUAGCUUUUCUGCAGACAGUGAGGAACUAAAACAGAAAUGGUUGAAAAUCAUUCACUUAGCUGUCAAAGGUGAGACAUCAGAGUAUCCAAAUGAAGUACAAGUCACUGAAAAUGAUCAUCCUGGACUGACAAGAAAGUCAGAGUGCUGAGUCCUAUUGUUGGUGGUUGGGAGUGGGGAAAGGAAGCAGCCAUGUGAUGAAGCAAAUGAAGGGGGAAAAAAAAUCCCACGAGAAAAUAAGACAUUCCCAGCAAUCCUCCAUUUUUUAGCACUUUAUUUUGAAAAUGCAGGUUUAUAAGCAAAUUUUGGGAUAUGAGGGAAAGGGUGUGAUAAGAACAGAUUAUUUUCCUAAACUGUAUCAUUAAUAAAGUUGUUGUAGAGUCAUUUCACUGAUAAUUUUUUAUUAAUGUGAACAAUCUUUAAGAAUUCUGCCUUGAUCAUUUAUUACUUGUGUUUGUUUUAAAGAAAAUGGCAUUUGAUUCUCCUUCUGUUGGGUUAAAAUGUGCCAGAUUCCUUGUUAUAUUUUUUGCUCUUGGAGUAGGACUUGGUACAAUUUGAAAAAUAUACCUCUAUAUUGCCAAAAUAGAUAGGUAGUGAAAAAUACAGGGGUAGUUUACUUUAAUGCAUUUGCUCUAUUGAAGUUAGUAUCUAAGGCUAUUUACACACAUUGUGUAUGUUUAACAAUAUAUUUUCUUAUAGAAAAAAAUAAAAAUGACAAAUUACAUUGACUUUUAGAAUUUCAAUUUAUCAAGAAUAAAAAGCUAAUUGUUUUUCUUCCAAAAACUGUAUUAUUCAAAUAAGGAAAAGAAACAGAAGCAUAAGCAUUUAUGUAAAAUAUCAAACAGAUUGUACUUUGACUUCAUGAUUUUAGAAUCAUAUUUGUCUGUUAUUUAUAUAUUUUUUAAAAACAAAGCAUGUUUUAUCUUGGAAUUAAACAAAAUAGUCUAAUGAAUGUUUUGACAAUUUAGGUUUAAUUAAUUUAUAGCUAAUGGUCUUGAUAUUUUUGUAAGCUUAACAAAAAUAGCAAUUUAUAUGACUGAAUUCCAACUCUAUUUUAAGACUAUUAAUUUUUUCUUUUAUGUUCUGUGCCUAUUUAAAACAGUGCCUCUAUUUGAAGGUGCUAAUAUUACAUAUUUGAAUAUUACAUACUUGAAUAUGAGAUGUAGAUUCAGAUAGUAAUGUUUUUGUCUUCAUUAUUUUGAGAUAAGUAAUGGUAAUUUAGAUCAUGAGACACUUGAGCAUUUAGAACAUUUCAUUUUAUUAUAAUCAAAUGAAUGGAUCUGAAAAUGUUCUCUGUGGGAAACCUAACUGAACUAGGACUUGGAGGAGACACUACUUGAUAAACUUUCUCAUUGAAGAAAAAUGUUUUCAAUAAAGUUUUUUUACUUGUUUUCUAUAGGCACACUUAAAUGUAUUAUAUAUGCUACAUGUAUAUUACAUAUUCACGUAUCAAUCUAUUCAUCCCAUCUUAACUAUUUAGGAAGCACCUGCUAUGUAUAAACUGGAUUGGAUUCACUUGAAUUCCUAGCAUUUAUUAAUUUUUAGACAACUAAUACAAUUCAAUUAUCAGGAAGAAAUAGUUUUUUAAAAUAUUAAAACAUCUUAAAGUAUGACCAUGAAAAAUGUUAUUUUCUCUCAAAUCUACAAAGCUCCUCAUUUUUCCCCUGAGAUCAUUAUUUCAAGAAAGAAAACAACUUCAUUUUUAAAAAUAUUUUAUUUUAGUUUACAGAUUUUGGGAAAGUGAUAUAAAACAAUCUUUUGGUGAUUUUUUUUUUUAAAUGGGGAUUUUAAUUUUUUUAAAUCAUGCCUCUGCUUAGACACUGCCUUCAUAAUAAAAUGAAAAAUAUAGUUCUUGCAUUUAAGAUGUCAUUAUCUUCUCAAGUUAAGCCAUUUCUUCAGUAUAUUUUUUUUCUUUUUAUUCCUAAUAUAUGAGUGCUAAAAGACUCAAAUCCUUCUUUGUCUUUUAACUGUUUCCCUCAGAAACCAAGAAAUGACUGAGUUCAUGAAAUCUUCUCUUCAUAACAUUAAAACAUUCCAGUUCUUUUUUUUUCCUUAAGAUUUAUUUAAAGUUUUAAACAUUGUGGAGAGUACACAUUUUUAUAUCCAGCUUUUUAAAAAAGUUUACUCAUGGACAUGCCAGCAGUCUCUAACAUGGUACUUCAAUGAAAAUACCACUUUUGGUUUGGUAUGGUUUGCUUAUUGUUCAGAGUAAACAUUUACAAUGAAGACUUGAAUGUGAAAGUAUCUGUCCAAAAGGAGUGUAUAUUCUCUCUUGAGCUUAAAGCUAAUGUUGCACUUUAAAUUGUUGCUUUUAUUUUCCAUUAAUGAAAUAAAUUAUUUAAACAAUUUUGAAGGAUAUGGGUAAUUAAGAACUUUAUUAUUUAAAAUACUACUCUUUCUAAUCAUAUCUAUUAAUUUGAAAGUUAGAGUGUAGAAAAGAUGUAAACUUAUAGAAAUAAAUUAAAAGAAAUUCUAUCUGAUCCUAAGUAGAUUAUUAAAAAUACAUGUAAGGUGACAAAGAAUGUUUGCUUUUUUUUUUUUUUUUUACAUAUUUUAAAGAAACUACAGAUUUUCUGGUACUGCAGGGUUGUUGAAGAAUCAUUAAUGCCUUCUGAAAAUUUUUUCAAAAUUAAAAUAAUUCUUCCAAUAUAAUAUUCAAUUGUUUUCUUGCUGCUGUCAUGAUUUUGAAGAUUUACGAAGAAAUAUUAGGAUUCAUUUUUUUUUUUAAUUUUGUCUGUUCAGCUCCUUCUAUUCUGCUUAUUCUCAGUUUGCUCUCUGGCAGAUAGCCUUCAUGAAGUCUUUUAUAGUGUUUCUGUCUAGAUUUUAAUCUUACAUAGGGGAAAGACAGAAUUGAAGAUAAGACAUUUAAGGUGAAAGCAAGAUCCUGGUUUCUAUAAAAGUCCUUGCUACAUAUAAUACUGAAGAAAAUGAAUGGAAAUAAAAGUUAUUGCAUAAGGCAUGUUAACACAUCUGAGAUUUUAUGUAAAUGUUAUCAUUUAUAGUUAAUUAAAAUGAAUUAAGAGAAUGUCUUAAGAUUUUCUUUUUUUAAUGUUUGUUUUCUUCAUGAAUGUAUUCAAAGUAGGAAGGAGAAUUUGACUUAUCUGUUUUUAUCCUUGGGUCUUUUGUAACAUGCUUUACGGAUAGUAGUCUGUCGAGUUCCUUCUUCAUUCUUGCUCCAUAUUUUAUGUCUAUAGAAUCACUCAAUGAAUUUAUUAACUUUUAUCUUUGAAAAUAAUAUUUAUAUCAAUUAAGUUUAUUUUUAAAAUUCCUUUUGUGAAAUUAUUUUUGUGUGCUUAAAAUAUUAAAUUAUUCAUACUGUGUUUCACAGAUGCGAAUUAAAUUAUUUGCCAUGGAAACAUUCAUGUUAUACUGUUAAACAUUCUACUAAUUGUUUACAUGGAUUUUUAGAGUAACUCGUUCUCUUUGUAUCUAUCAUGUCAGUUUGAUGGGAGAGAACAGCAAGACUCAGAAAGAUAAGAAUAAAUCAGAAUAUGAACAGAUUAAAAAGUGCUUAUCCCAAGAUCAAAGUAAUCUUUAUCUUCAUAUUACUGAGAAAUUUGGGUCAAUGGGGAAUACAUAAAAUAUAAAAGGGGGAAAAUAUAAAUAAUACUUCUUACCAAAGGGACUGGGUGCUUUUGUUAAGAUCAACAUGCAGAUUUUUAUACACACACACACACACACCCCAAUUUCCACUACGCAUCAUCUUUUCAUCCUGUUUUUUAUUGAUGCUUUCCUGAAGAAUUUCACCCCCUUGGGAUAUUCUGUUCAGCUUAUUGUGAUGGAAGUCAGCUAACACCAGUAACAUUCCAUUAUCUUACUUGAUUAAAGAUUUGGCACAAUGCUCUUGUGCACUUGCUUUCUGUCAACUCCUGAAUAAAAUAGCACAAUUUCUAUGAAAUAUUUUUUCUAUUUAUUGGCAAAUAACAAUUGGUCUUGUUUUAAAAUGUGAAAUUGGCAAAUGCCACUAUUGCAUCAUUUAAAUAAUGGUACCAAAAAAUACACAUUUGGAGAUGGGAGGAGUCAAAAUAUCCUAAUCUGUGAAGGAUCUUUUAUGUGAAAGAAUUUUAACUAUCAUACACAUUAUAUGGGUAUUUAAAAAUAUUAUUUGGAGACCAUAGUUCAUUGUCAAAACAAUCAUAUCCUUAGAUAAAAUACUUUUUAAAAAAAUUCAAAUUAGCAUCAUGCCAUGUGAGUAAAGUAUUAACUGAUAAUGACUCAAAUUAAGUUCUCAAAUUCCACAUUUAAUUCUAAUAUUUAAAAGUGCAUGUGAAAAAUUUUAAGAUCUAUGAAUGUAAAAUAGUGACAACUAUUGUAAAUAAUCUGUAACAUAUGUAUAUUUGGUCAGUAAAGGAUGAGAAUUAUAAACAUUUUAAAAUUAAGCACUUUAAUUUCUGUUCAAUAUUAAAAGUUUGUAUCUUGUAAAUAAAAUGAUUAUUAAAUAACUA